AUGCAUCGACUCCUUCUAUUCCUCGGUUAUGCACUAGCAGCCCAAGCAGCGAAUCCACUUCUUACGAAAAGACAGAGCGGAACUACUGGGGGUGAGCCAGGCAUCAACGCAUGCCUGGAUCCAGAAAACUCAGCUCCAAACACGAAAUCGACAACAUGUACCCCCAAGUAUACAAUAGACGCACAAGGAGACUGUGGUCCGCUAACAUACGAUAAUUCUUGCAGAGCAUACUGCCAAGUCAGUGUCCAGUGGAGCUACGGUGUCGAAACACCGUUCAACCGCACUUUCUGCCAGAACGACGAUCCAGUCUGCUCGAUCACAAGCACUUCGACUUCGACGGUCACAAACUCGGUCAGUUUCAACGUUGGCGUCACUCUGGGAACGAAGAGAGGUCUGGAAGGACGAGGAGAAAGCUCGGGACCAUCUCUGGGAGAUCUGACAGCAACGUUCAAUGCCGGCGCUACGUGGACGUAUGCCACCUCGUACGCUGAAGCGAUUGCAGUUGACUCUGAGAGACCACCUUUGAGCCAGCAGAAGUGCGGAUACUGGACUUUCAUCCCAUAUUACGUUACCUCGUGCGGCAGUAUCACCGUCGGCGACUGGACCACUUCCUCAUCCGGCGAAGUGACGACCGGCGGCGCAGAUGUCACAGCCGGCUGCACCAACAUCAAAACCACCGGCGACUGGUGCCAAACGGUGCCCAUGACCGAUGCCCACGGGACUCCCUUAGGAGAAACUAUAUUCGUGGCCGCAAGCUGCUGUGCUCACUGGCCCAUUGGUUGGUGUCGCCAGGAAUCAGUUUACCUGAUCGAAGGCGUGAGCAACAAUGCCACGAUUUACAACGAUUACAAGAUCGCGCAUACGAACUACGAUAUGACUCAGCCGAUUGAGAGUUACUCAAACAUCACCUGUAUGGCGGGUGAGUCGCCGUACAAUGAGGAUAAUGGACCAAGUGGGAACCCUGCUGGUCCGGCCUGUGCGCCAAAUGAUGUAGGGGCUUGA